AUGGUGUAUCUUACUCCUGUCUCAGACAAGAUCUUGGCAAAAGUGACUGCGAAAGCCAUUCUAGACGUGGAGUUCCGUGUACAAAAUCUCCCUUUAGAAAUGAUACUAAAUACUUCGCUUGGCAUCUUAGAUACGAAAUUAAUGUCAAUAUCAGCACACACACAGAGAUUUGUCGCUGUCAGCUCGGACUAUAUUAGUAAAAAGCCGUCGAACCUGACACACGUCGAAGCUGCAACUUUACCAAUGGCGGCACUCACAGCACUGCAAUCCUUCCGACAUGGACAGCUCGGUGAGAACAAGAAAGUGUUGAUUCUCGGUGGAGCUGGUGGCGUCGGAUCUAUGGCUAUUCAAGUCGCCAAAGCUGUUUUCAAGCCACAAACGAUUGCGACCACGGCAAGCACUCAAAAAGUGGAACGAAUGCGCCUGCUUGGUGCAGAUGUCGUGGUCGAUUAUAAGCACAAUCGCUUUGAGACGGAGCUAAAAGACUAUGAUUUUGCUCUGGAUACCACUGGCGAGGCAAAGCAGUGCUUAGAAUGCGUCACACGCGGUGGAUCCGUCAUAACGAUUGUGGCAACACCGAUGUGUUCUCAAGCGCGUCGAGCUGAAAUCUUGUACGACUUUAUGUUUGUGUUGGCCAAUGGCGACAUGAUGAACGAAGCUAACAUGGCGAUGGAAUACUUGGAGUCGGGGCGUGCGUUGGGAAAGGUUGUUGUGCAGCUUGUAGACACGACCAAGGCUAUGUAG